AUGGCUAGUCAGAGUUCUUUUUUUUUCUUCUGUUUUCUUUUCCAGACUGAACAAGUGUUGGUUGUGUCUGGUAUUGUUUCCUUCGUAUACGUCUGCUAUAUCGUUCCUAUCUAUCUAUCUAUCUAUCUAUCUAUCUAUCUAUCUAUCUAUCUAUCUAUCUAUCUAUCUAUGUGUUGCGGGCUUAGAAUACAUAGAAAGAAGGAAUCACAAAACGGAGGUGCUCUGGCUAUCUAUCUAUCUAUCUAUCUAUCUAUCUAUCUAUCUAUCAUUAGUAGACCUAUAAUACCAAUUUUCCAGGUUUGGAUCAUCUUAUUCCAAUUUCUUCUUCUUCUUCUUGUCUAUGUACUUAUUCUGAUUUCUUCUUCUUCUUCUUCUUCUUCUUCUUCUUCUUCUUCUUCUUCUUCUUCUUCUUCUUCUUCCCUAUAUUCAUAUUCUGAUUUCUUCUCUUUCUCCUCUUCCUCCUUGUCUAUAUUCUUCUUCUUCUUCUUCUCUAUAUUCAUAUUUCGAAUUCUUUUUUCCUCCCCCUUUUCCUCCUUGCCUAUAUUCUUCUUCUUCUUCUUCUUCUUCUUCUUCUUCUUCUUCUUCUUCUUCUUCUUCUUCUUCUUUCAACGCCUCUGUUUCCUUCUUCUUUCCCUUCUCUUCCCGAAAUCCUUCCUCUUCCAUCUCUCCUCCUUUAUUCUCUUCAUUUUUUAUGAUUUUUCUCCUUUUCUUUUUUAUAUUCUCUUUUUUUCCUUUCUUUUACUACACAUCUUUUUCGUUAUCAUUUCUUAUUUUUUCCGUUUAUUUUCGCCGUUUCUCAUUCUUUUUCUCGUCGCCUUUUUUCUCUCCAUCUUCCUUUUACUCCACCUCUUUCUUUUUAAUCCCCCCUUUCCUUUUUCUGCGACUAUUCUUCUCAUUACCAUCUCUGCUCAUCAACUUAUUUUACUCCUCCUUCCAUUCUUAAUAACCCCCCUUCUUUACUUUGUCUCUACCUUCUACCCGUGUAUUUCUGACGAAUCGCCAUUCUAA